AUGGGGCUUCUGCAAACGUUGGAGUGUACACACAAAGAUGCUGUCCUCGUCGUGCUUUCAAAGAUAAGGCUGGUCUACACCGCUGAUACAGACGAACUUCGACGAGAAGUCAUCUUCCUCCGUGCUAAACUGGUUCAUUCUGCCAGUCAACAAGGCACGAUCGCACAGGCAUUGGCAGUCAAUAACGAUCUAUCUUCCAAACUCAGUAUAGCAGAGGCAGAAAUCACUAUCAAAGACGCGUUUAUACUUGACUUGCAGAAACGAUUGUGCACCAUGCCCGGAUCUUUCGACUCGGAUGUUGAAGACGGACCUAGUGCCGUUGAUAAUGCUCUUCGUAGGCUUACUGAAGCUUUUAAUCGCUCUGGCGCUAUUAAGAAUAUCUGCGAUAUAGAAGAACAGAAUACAUUUUUGUCUCGUUGGUCGAAUGAGCUGCAGAUCGAGUUGCAAGAUCUCGAUAAGAGGUAUGGCGAACUACUUAAGGCUCAUCAAGAAGUUCAAACGGAAUUGGCCUGCAUCCGGGAGGAAACCACUGGUACAUCGGUUGAAAACAUAGUCAAACAAGACCCCGAGCAUUUGAGUGAAGGAAAUUGCUUUCGAUUACUUGACGCUCCGCCGUGUUCAGAAAACCAAUCACAGGAGGACUCGGUUCAAGGCGACGUACGCAAUGAAAUUAUCGACGAAUAUCGAAAAUACAUUUUUAAGCUUCAGGCGUCGAUCAGAACACUCACUGAACGUUCAGACUUGUCAGUGGACAUACAGAGCUGGUUAUUGAGACUAGUGUCUUCAAAGGAUGGGGAAGUAGAGGCCCUGGCAAAAAUGAACCCCGAAGUAGAGAACUCAAUAAACCCCAGCUCCUUGGAGCCUGAAGAUGUUGGGGCCAUGCAGCAACUUGACCGGGAACGUUCCUCGGAAACUAUCAGACAGGGCGAAUCAUCUCAAGCAAAGAACGACAAGUUGGAAAAGGAAAAGGCGGCCGUUGAACAAGAAGUGCUCAAAUUGCAGUUGGAGAACAAGGAACUUCAGUCCUCACUUCGAGUUAUUGAAGCUACGAACUCCAAGAAACUUCAGGAUACUAGGGUAGAGUUGACUGCGCAACAAGAACACCAAACGGACUCAUUCGAAGCCCAAAUCCUUGCCACCAAUCACCACAAAACCCUCCUUGAAGCUUCUCUAAAGCAAGCCUGGGAGUGUAAGAGCUUGGAGCUCAAGCGGAAAUGUGAAGAAUUCGAUACUAUUGAAGAGGAGUUCAAAGCCCUUAAGACUGUGCUAGAUGAUAAAGACACGCAGCUCAGACGUAGUGAUCAGCGUCUUUUGGAAAUUGACAGCGCGUUGCAGGGUUAUCGAAGUCUGGAACGGGAAUGGGCCAUAAGUAGUGGAACACUGGAAGAGGAACUUACAGCUGCUAAACAAGAAGUGGGUCGACUGAAGGCAGAGAAUGGGGAUGUCCAAUUGAUGCUCGAGGACAUGCAAACUUCUGCCUCGAGAGUGCUCCAGGAAAAAUUGCAGGAACAACGGAAAGAGCGACAACAUUUUGAUGAAGCACUCAAAGAGAUGAAUCGAUGCAAAGAUCUUCUUGAGUAUUCUCUCAAAGAGGCCUGGGAAUGCAAGAACCAAGAGUUUAGAGAUUCACAACGAGAGCUCAGUAAUUUACAAGAAGACAUCAAAAGCGUGCGGCAAAUAUUGGAAGAAAAAGAGACGCAGAUCCAAGGAAACCAACGAGAGAUCUCCAGGUUGGAGGCUAGUUUGCGGCAAAAGGACAAAGAAAAUGAUCACAUAGAUUCUGUAGAGAUCGAUCAUCAAAUGCAAAUCGAUUCUCUGCAAGAAGAUAUCACGUAUUUUGAGGCCACUGUUAAACAACUAGAAGACUCUUGCGAUUCUCUUGAAGCAGAUCUGCAAUCUGAAGAAGGCAGAGUUCGAGACCUGGAGGCGACCCUCCUGAAGAAAGAAACGGAACAUGCUCUUACCUGCAAAUCACUUGAGGAUCGUCUAAUUGCCUCGCGUCGUCAUAACGAAGCAAGAGUUGCCAAGACCCUUUUGACCGAACUACAGCGCGCGCAUGAUCUUCAAUCAGAGCAAUUCAAAGCCGUGCAGGAAAAGCUUAUUCUAGCAAAUGAAGUGAAUGCAAAAGUAAAGGAUCUUGUCGCCGAGAACGAGCAGAAUUUGGCUGCAUCUCAGGGUCAAGCAAAGGAAAUGCAACGUCAGAUAAUGCAUCUCGAGUACGAAUUGAUGCAAUCACAACGACAAAUUCGGAACAAGGAUCUACAUCCUACAGUCUCCGUUCUACAAGACGAGAAUCUUGCGAAGGCUUUACGAAUCAAGGAAUUACAAGAUAUACUAGAAUAUCAUAAGAUCGACCAUCGCUCUACUACGGAUAAUCCCUCUACUAUGCGAACCGAUCAAUUCCAAACCCCCGCUGUCAGCCCAAGAGAUAUACAAAUGCAGGAUAGGCUUCACACAAGGAUUAGUACCCCAUAUUCCUCUCACGGCCAAUCAGAGGAUUUUACUGCAUCAGCCACUCAUGAACCAUCUUCGGUGUCUUCAAGAAACUCUGUCGCAUUUAUUGGCAAAGCAUCAGUGCCAUCAGUGCAAGUAUCCCAAGAAUUGUGUUUUGGCGGUCUGAAUAAAAGUCUUUGUAAUGCUCCUGUUGCGGCGGAACUUCAGUUGACUACGAAAAGGCAAUAUAUUCUGCAAUCAUCAAAGGAAAUUAGGCCACCCAGCCAACAGUUUAUCCCGAAAUCACGACAUCGCAAACCAUCGCAACAUCGAAAGCCUUCUAUCUAUUCGAAGCGACCUCGAGUCGACACCGAUUCUGAGGAUGAGGGAACAACCGAGAAAGGGAUGCGAAGGGAACAUACAGGAAGGUCCAAUAACGCACCGGCGAGCGGUAGUGGAAGCACUCAGGCACAAGAAGGCAGAGGGGAUGUCAAUGGAAAUGAGCGAAAUAAUCCUGAUAAUCGGCGGGACGACGAUUGCGCACAGACCGGUCGUGACUGCGGUGACGCUGAUAAUCGGCAGAACGACGGUGGUCAAGCGCGGAAUCCCGGAGAUGAUCUCGAAAACAGGAACGGGACUAGUGGUGACGGUGGAGGUGACGAUGGGUCCAGUAGCAGCGACAAUGAAAGUGACGAUGAACACGGAGGCGGUGGCGGAGGGAGUAACUGGCGAAAUGACAGCAAAAAUGGGGGUAGUGGCGAUGAGGAUGAUCAUAGAGCAGAAAGUGACGACAGGGUAGUUGCCGGAAAAUGGAUAUUGAAGGCCUCCCAAACACAAUACGAUGAAAGCGACGUCAGAAAGAAUAUCAACAAUCUUUCCCGCGACUUGUAUCAAGGAGCGUUGGACAUCAAAGGCAACUACGAAGUAGUCAAUGUUCCCUCUACUCCCCGCGAUCGCCUCAUGGCCUUUGUGGGUGGUGACAACAGCGCGGGGCCUAAACUCCUUAGCACGUCGCUCCAUUGGUACGGACUUUCAGCGUCGCAAAUGAGGAAUUCAAAAUGGAAUAGGGCGUUGAUUGCAAAGUUGGCUCGAGAAGCCAGAAAAAUCCAGUCUGAGAGCCAGGACGGCCGUUUUGGAGACGAGGUUGAGUGGAAGCGUCUUUUUCGCGAUAGAUUCUCUCAUUUUUACAAGAGAAUCGAGAAAAAACCGUUUGCUUCAAGUAAAAUCUCAAGUGUUCGUCAUUGGAAGCACUCAAGUCGACUUAGGAUUGCCAGCAUCAUGAUUGACUUUGCCCGAGAGCAUAAUAACCAGCAAUUGGAGAAUUUCUGGACCUAUGUACUCAUUGUUGUUAAGACAUUUGGAGAGCGUGGCAUGUCUGACGAAGAAGAUGGCGUCGAAGAUGUUCUCAUUGACGGUGUUCCGACGCAGCAGGAUAUCAAGAAGGUGAAGAAACUAUGGUUUCGGCACGAGACCUUCGAUGCACUUUUCCAGCAGGUCGACGAAACCCCAAAAGGCUACGCACAAUUCCUGUCGUCCAAAUUCGUUGAAGGCCGUGGAGUAUCUGCACCAGAAGAUCUGCCCACGAUCAAUGAAGCUGCACUAGUGACGCCAGCUCAAUCCUCCUCAAAUCCUGUAUCACGAAUGCUAAAGAAGGAGGGUAGGAAACAACGCACCUCCACGGCACCUGCAAAUCGGGAUGAUCUUCGUUCAAGUGAUCAUUCUUUAUCGACCUUUUUCGAUGAGGACGCCAUGGUGGACGAAUUGACGGAUGCGCUUGAGAAAACGAGGGUUAAAUUACAAUCCGACCUGUCAGAUGGUGCUUCCAGUGGACCUCCGCUGAGAGCUCCCAGUGUUGUAGCAUUGAGGGCCAUCAAAACCGCCGAACGUCUACGUGAUAUCGUAUCCGGCGCUCAGCGCGACCUCCAUCUGCUUUCCAACGAUUCUCUCCCUGAGGCGAUUCACACUACUUUAGAUGGUGCAGAGCGACACCUUGCGUAUGUUUCCAACAAAAUCAAAGAUAUUCACCACCCAGAGGCAGACAGCCAAGUUCGCCUGGUAACACAGGAGAUGGAAGUAUUACAGUUGGUUCUUUGUACGUGGCGAAAGGAUUAUCCAGAUACAUUUUCUCCCGUCAAGAUCGAUAAUAGUAAACUGUUUGCGGGGGCCAUCGAUAAAUGGAACACUCCCACGCUUGUAGCCUAUACGAUUGCUCUGGUCAGCCGUGUCUUUGAGGGAGUCGCAAGGCGAGGUUCUAGUGUCUUACUCAAAUUGCUGAAAGUUUAUGGCCUUUCGAUUACAUUGCUCACUGGAGGACCAAGUCUUCUACAGACAAAAGCGCUCGAGGAUAUCCCAGAGUCAAUCGAAACUUUGGAGACGAGGUUGAAUAUGGACGUCCCCAGUGUUCCCUACACAGUGUGCCCUUCCUGCAGCUACACAUAUCCACCGAUGUAUCCCAAAAACUCUCGCGCUCCAGUUUAUCCCACUCAUUGCUCUGAACGUAUCAUGCAAAACUCGGAACCGUGCGGAGCAGAGCUCCUGUUUGACAGUAAACCCAUCAAAACUUACCACUAUUACUCCUUCUAUGAGUGGUUUGGCCGCUUCAUUGCACACCCUGGAAUUGAACAGUAUGGUGAUAAAUUCUGUGACGAUAUCUCCGGAGUAAACGAACCCCCUGAGGUCAAGAGGGACUUCAAAGAUGGUACCUUUGUACAUUCAUUCAAGGGGCAUGAUGGGAAGCUUUUCAUUGCAGAACAAGGAGAAGAGGGCAGAUGGUUGUUCCUUCUGUAUGCCGAUUUUUUCAAUGCGGAGGGCGCUAGUUUGCAUGGCAAAACCAGUUCAACGGGUGUCACCGGUCUCGUUUGUCUCAAUCUCCCUCCCUCGAUGCGUAACAACCAGGCUUGGGUGUACAUUCCUGGCAUUAUCCAAGGCAGACAAGAACCGGAUGCCAAGCAGAGCGAGCACCGCCAUUAUUGGCGUCAACUGGUCACUGAGCUCGAAGCAGGGUAUUCCCGUGGACUCCGCCCUUUUCACACACAUAAAACCCAUCAGAUGGGUUUGAGUUCGAACAGCCGGAUAUUUCGCGUCGCGAUUGCAGGAGCGUCAAUGGACUUCAAAGCAGCUAGACCGUUUGGAGGAUUUAUGGAUGUAACCUCUCACCCCACUUGUUUUUUGUGCAAAUGCUGGCAUAUCAGUCACAUCGGGAGGACUGAUUUUGAGAAUUGGAGACCUGCAGACAUCGAGUUUUUGAAAAGAGGAGCUCAAGAAUGGAUUAAUGCAAAGACAGUAGCUCAGCGCAAACAGGUCGAAAAUUUCUAUGGCACGCGUUCCUCAGAACUUUGGCGAUUGCCAUAUUGGAACCCUAUAAUGCAGUUGCUUAUUGAGCCUAUGCACACUCUCUUCUCCAUUCUUAUGCAGCGAUUUGCUCGUCACGCGCUUGGCCUUGAUAAUCCAGAGCCGGACAGCAAUGGUGCUGUUCUUGAUGACUCUGAACAGGAUAAUCCCAAGCGGAAAAAAGGAAAGGCGAAGAAGAAACAGAUUUACAUAUCUUUUUAUCACGAUUUCACCCCUCCGCCUCAUCCCUCUGAUCUCACUCCUCUGGGCACGAAGCCCGAGAUCGGUCGAAUAAGCGAUACCCUCCAGGCACUAGUCGACGAUUCCGAAGUUCAAGAUCAGCGGCUUUCACUACUGGAAUGGAAUGAUCUUACCCCUGAACAGAAAACUGCUCGUUUGUCGAGGAACAAGCAAUUUGUCUCCACCAUUCAGAGUGAUCCUCGAGCAUUUCAAGGGGUGUAUGACCUUUACCAAUUGCUCUCAUCUCCUGCGCCUGCUAAAGACGCGGAGAAGUUGAAGUUUCUCAAAAAAUUAUCUUCUCACAGGUGGAUCGUUCUAGCUUUUGUUUGCAAUAAUUUAGUUGAAUUUCCAGCCGCAAAGUGUGAGGGUGAAGGCAAAAAGGAAAGUGAAGUAAAUGAUUUCCUCUCGCAAUCCUCGAUUCACAAAGGAGAUAUAACUGUUAAAAUGUUCAGGCAGGCUCUGGCUCACUGGCGAUUGCAUAAGGUUGAGCCAGGACGAUUCAAUUGGCCUCACUUUGUGCCCAAGGACAAGCCGUUACCUUCAAUUCCGUGGCUCCAUUUACACGACAUGUACGAGGAUCAGCGACGGUUCAAUAAAGUCCACCAAUUCACGCUUCUAGACCGCAUCGAACUAUUAACGGAAUUGACCAAACAGCUGAAUUUGCAUAGUGCGCAUGCAAUUGGAACUAUACAUCGAUACCUAACGCAACCGGUAGAAAAAGAUCCAUUGCACCUCGAGAGUAAUCUUGGAAAAUUGCCUUUCACGGCCCUAGCUUUUGUCUGCAUAGACGUUGAUUGUCUUCCCGUCGGAGGAUUCGGGAAAGCAGACUUAGUUCAGCAUUUGGUUGAAUGGCGUUUGAACAAACCUUUGGAACGCCUGGCUCCAGCUAAGAUUGACUCGACACAUGUUCUACAGAAGAUCCAGCAAGCUGUGCGAGAAAUCAUAACCCCUUCUUGGGUGAAUCGACCACCAGAAGAAAUUGGACUCAAACGAGCGGGCACACUGAAGGCUGAUAACUGGCGAACCUUAUUUUCGAUUCAUCUCCCUUUGGCCCUCAUCAGUAUUUGGGACGAAGAUUCUCCUUUGAGAGCCGACAAUGCAAGUGAAAUGGCCCCUGUAUUGCAAACUUCUAUGCAUCUUACCUGUGCAUCCAUUGCAAUGACUAGCAACAGUUUGUCCCCAGAGCGUCGUAAUCUGUUCAGAAACUCCAUCAGGGCACAUAUCGAAGGCCUAAAGUCGAACUUUCCUGGAUUCAUGCUGCCUUCUCAUCAUCUUUCUUUCCAUAUUUUCGACUUCAUGGAUUCCUUCUCUAACGUCCGCAAUUGGUGGGCUUUCCCGUUUGAAACCAUGAUUGGCAGGUUGCAGUGGAUUCCAACCAAUCACAAGAUUGGUGAAUUCGAGUUUACUAUUCUUGAGUCUACCUACAAGGAUGCAGCCUUUCGCCGCUGGAUGAUGCUACCCGAUUGCCCUGAACUUCUCAAAUUUUGUCGAAAUCUUCUGGAUAAAGCUUACGGAUACGACAAGCGGAACGAGCUUUCUCAAAACAACGCGAAUGAUUUACAAGGUGCAAACCCAAAGGAAAUUUUGGAAUGCUCUGUUGAUCUUGCUACUCGCAAGGUAUCGAUGAAGUUGCCUGUGGAACUUGCGAAGAAGAUAGGGAAGCUGGAUCCAACCUGUUUUUUGCAAGUCCCAGCACCUAAGGGCUUCUAUGGCACUCCUGCACUAUGUCCUAUCGGUAAUAGCUAUGUCUGCUACCGUCCGCCGAAAAAUAGUUCUUGA